UCCGCAGGCAGUUGCGGCCGUUGCCGUCGAGCGAGCGCUGGCUGGCUGGCUGGCGCGCGCGGCGGCCGUUGAGGAGCAGCCGGAGGAUUCCGCGCCGGCGGGCGCAGGAAGCCGAAAGGCGCAUCGAGCGGCGGAAACAACAAGAAAGAAGAGAACCGCCCGACCGCUUGACGGACGGCGGCCGCCGGUGCUGCGCGCGGACUUAAUUUUUUUUUUUAAAAGACCCUCUUAUUUAUUGCUCGUCAUCGCGGCCCCCCCCCAUUUUCCGCCCCCCCCCUCCCCUCCUUAUGGGAUUAUAGCGGCGGCGUCGGCGGCGGCCCCAUGUUUUCUCCCAGCCAGGAGGAGCGCUGCGUCCCCAACAAGGAGCCCGUCAAAUACGGCGAGCUGGUGGUGCUGGGGUAUAAUGGCUCCCUUCCUAAUGGUGACAGAGGGCGUCGGAAAAGCAGGUUUGCGCUCUAUAAACGGCCCAAAGCAAAUGGCGUCAAACCCAGCACUGUUCAUGUGAUUUCAACACCUCAAGCAUCCAAGGCCAUCAGCUGUAAAGGGCAGCACAGUAUCUCUUACACACUCUCAAGAAACCAGACAGUCAUAGUGGAAUAUACGCAUGAUAAAGACACAGAUAUGUUUCAGGUUGGCCGGUCGACGGAGAGCCCGAUAGACUUCGUCGUGACGGACACGAUUUCCGGCAGCCAAAACAGCGACGAAACGCAGAUCACCCAAAGCACCAUCUCCAGGUUCGCCUGCCGAAUUGUCUGUGAUAGGAACGCACCAUACACGGCCAGAAUUUUCGCAGCAGGAUUCGACUCUUCGAAAAACAUAUUUCUGGGGGAAAAAGCAGCAAAGUGGAAGAAUCCGGAUGGGCAUAUGGAUGGAUUAACAACCAAUGGCGUUCUAGUCAUGCAUCCGAGAGGGGGAUUCACCGAAGAAUCUAAGCCUGGAGUCUGGAGGGAAAUUUCCGUCUGCGGCGAUGUCUACACUCUCCGGGAAACAAGGUCUGCUCAGCAGAGAGGCAAGCUGGUAGAAAACGAAACCAACGUCCUGCAAGACGGCUCUCUCAUCGACCUGUGCGGGGCCACGCUUCUGUGGAGGACGGCAGACGGCUUGUUCCACACACCCACCCAGAAACACAUCGAGGCCCUGCGGCAAGAGAUUAACGCCGCGCGGCCCCAGUGCCCCGUGGGCCUGAACACCCUGGCCUUUCCCAGCAUCAACCGCAAAGAAGUGGUCGAAGAAAAACAGCCCUGGGCUUACCUCAGUUGUGGCCACGUCCACGGCUACCACAACUGGGGACACCGCAGCGACAUGGAAGCCAAUGAGCGCGAGUGUCCCAUGUGCAGAACCAUUGGUCCCUACGUGCCUCUCUGGCUUGGCUGCGAGGCUGGCUUUUACGUUGACGCCGGUCCCCCGACUUACGCUUUCACCCCUUGUGGACACGUGUGCUCGGAGAAGUCUGCCAAAUACUGGUCCCAAAUCCCGUUGCCCCACGGCACUCACGCGUUCCACGCCGCCUGCCCUUUCUGCGCUAUCCAGCUCUCCGGAGAUCAGAACUGCGUCAAGCUGAUUUUUCAGGGUCCAAUUGACUGAUGCCGUUUUACACAUGACUAUAACAGAGCUCACUUUGUUAACAAUUUACUGUGAAGGUUAAGAAUUUGCCACUAACGCUAGAUUUUACCUUUUUAUAGGAUUGUUAUUAAUGAGGGACUGGGGCUGGGUGGGUGGGUUAACAAGGGGUGUGGAGGUACACUGAUACCAGGAACCAAACAGAUAUCGGUGGCAUUCCAUGCUUAGUAGCAGCAUGUUCACGACGACAAACUGUAGUAUAUUUGUAGUAUUUUUUCUUAGCACCCGUGAUCAGAAGGAAAAAAAACAAAACCCAGUGUCUUAACAAUUUUUUAAUCUUGGGAUUUUUUAACAGAAAAAUGCUUUUCUUCUAAACUUUGACAAGCCUUUAAGACACAUAUUUUUUCAGACCUAAAAAAGGAACGUACAGAAUGUAAUUUGUCUCUCUCUCUGUUUUUUUCUCCUUAAUUUGCAAUAUAAUGAACUUGAAUAGCUCGUUCUCAUGGAGGGGGUACCGAAUGUGAGGGCAAACCUGGUUGAAUGUUCCGUUAAAAGACGCGUGUUCGAAGGAGCCGUGAACAAGAAAGGGUCGGUGUUAGGAACAAGAGCACAAAAGAUAUUAGGAAACUCUGCCGUGUGAUCUCAUGCAGCUGUUCAAAACAAACGAAAGACACAAAAUUACUUGAAAUUUGGGGAAUCGUCCAUGGGCCACUUCUAGUGUUAUGUUCUAGUGGCACCGAAGUCACCCUGUUUUUAGAAAAUGCUAAUUAAAACAUAAUAUGGGAAGGGUUAAAAUACGGGUUAUUUGGUCCCACAGAUGCAUAGGGCAUUUUGGGGUGGGGGGUGGGGGUGGGGACGUGUGAAAUGGAAGCACUUGAGCUUUGCUUCCGAAUUUUUUGGAAGCGGCUCGGCUGUGCACCAGUCUCCCUGUCUUUUUACCAACUCCGUGCAUCAAAGAAUCGAUCCUUGGGUCUGUUCAUUGCUAACUUCAGAGCCCUUCAGAUGUUGCUGUUGGUGGCGUGGUUGCUAUUCCUUGGGGUCUGUAUCCCAGGCCUCCACAAUGUGCUUGACAAGCCAGAACGCCGUGAGCGGGAGCCAGUGGGGCGGGUUCGUUUCUGCUUGACUGUCCUUGCUUAAGCAAUUCCAUCUUGUCAAACCCCCGUCAGGACUCCAAGGAGCAGUCGCUUGCCUGUCGACAUCCGAAGGGCUCUCGCGUGAUGUGUGAAAGCACCUUUAAUUGAAAUCCAGUGUUAGCAAAUCAUUGGUUAGCCUUUCUCAGUUUUCAUUUGGCAUUUGAAUUCUUUUUUUAUAUAUAUACAUAUCCAAUCAUCUUCCACAGUGUUCUGUCUCCCCAGCCCCCCCCCCCCCUCCUUUUAGUUUUCUUUCCACUUGGUGUAGUGCAUUGGACCAGUGGGCAAAUUGGAAAUGUAGCAACUCCUUUAUAAAUGUAGUCACUUACGUGGCUGGGCUGCCAUGCUAGAAAGAAGUCCUGGGUCUCUCUCUAUCUCUGUAGAACAUGCGUGCGUUGGCCUGGAUCCUAUUUGCUAGUUCAGGUCGCUCAUGAUUCUUCACCGACUGCAGGAUUCAUAAAUUGACUCAUUGCGUUCUAAGCAUUCGGUAGCUAUUUUGAAAUCACCGAUUAAAAACAAGCUGUUUUGCUCCUCUAGCUUCAGUGACACAGCUUUCUUGCAUCCUUCCGUAGCCGUUACGGCAUGAGUUUGCUCACUUCUGUUUUUUCCCACAGCCUGAGUAGAGUCCCGCGGUAGUUCGGUUGGUUUUUUUAAAAAAGCAUCCAAGCUGAAUGCAAUUUGUGCAAAUUGAAAUCCCAGAUAAUUUGGGAAAGGGGGAAGGAUUCUUAUCGCUCAGUCUUAAAAUUGGUAGAUUGACAUUUAUGUGUACUUUAACUCUGCCCUAUUAGCAUUUUCAUUUGUGUUAGCAGCAUUUUGUAUGUUCUCUUUCUGUACAUGUGGUAUCUGAGGUAUUUUUCGAGGGGUGCGUGUGCGUGUCAGGGAAAACCCCUUGGUGAGAAAUUGAAUACCCAAUGGAGCUGAAUCCAGCCGUUGGGGUCUCUUUUCUGCUCAAUUCACAGCAGUUCCUACUAUAUUUGUGCCCUUUGUAUAAAUAUAUAAUUUAUAUGAUUUUAAUAUAUUGUGUAUAUACUUGAAUUAGCCUGUUCAUAUUUUGGAUGUAAUAUUGUUUUAUAGUUAACCUUUUAAACCUUUUAAAAUGUCCCUUGCCUGUUUUGGGUGACGGGGCGUACGGUGUUUUUAUCUGCUGCUGUUUAAUACAAUUUUGCUGUAUAAAAAAAUUCAGCAUUUUAAGUUGAA